GAUAAUCAAAAAUUAAAAAAAGAAGCUAGUUUAGACAAAGGACAUUUUUCGGGGGAAAUGCUGUUAGCAGUCAACAGGGUUCAACGCACUGUGGUUUUUCCACACGAUAGCCUACACUGAAAAGGCCUUCUAAGAAAAUUGUUUUCUCUAGCGUUCUGAACGCCGCAGUAAUAUCAUGUCGCUGUGGCUUUGAUGUGUCUUCGUGAUGUUGCGCUAACUUAAUCGCUCAUCUAUUCUAAAUAACUAUUGUGGGUUUUUCCUAAAUUUCCGGCGAUACGUGUUCAAAGAGACCUAUACUGGCGCUUCCAGCUCCCCUCUGGCAAGCACGAAGAAGUCUCCUACUGCUACCAUGAUGACGAAACAAUUUGCUAUGACCUUUGGCAUGAGUACACUGCUCACAGACGAUUGGACGGCGACGCAGUUACGUGCCAUCUGGAGAUGAGUCGCGUGAGUAACCAGCACCGAGGAGUAGUCGUGGAGUUUGUGGCGACGAAUGCGAGUGUCGGUCUCUCCUACAUCCUGUUCGCCUGUGAGAUGGAGGUAUACCUCAUGCCACAAGAUUCUCACUGCCACGCUGUAGAAGUCGCGCCCAAACUCGUGGAGGUCACUUGUAAAACCAGCAAAGUCUACCCUCAAGCUUCGUGUGAGCUCUCGCAAGUUGAACUUUCUUCCCAAUACUCCGAGAAAAUAAAUCCGUCGCUUAUUGACCAUUCACAUACGCAAACAAAGGAAGACGGUGCGCUGUAUUUCUCCGAAACUUGGAAAAUUUCUGCUCCCGUGAGUCGUGCAGGUAAACACGUAUUCUUUGCCAAGAUUACACCCACCUUGUCAACGGGUACGAAGGAAGAUAUUUUGAUUAAGCCAGUAAACACCCCGCCCAUCGACGUCACGGCCCGAGACCGUAUUGUUCGACUCCUGUCUCCGAAAUCGACUUUCAACAUUUGCGGGAGUGGAGGAAAUACCAUUUUUGCUGCUUGCGAGGCUCUGGGGUUCAAAUCUCAGACCAGAUUUUACUGGAAGAAGGGCCACAGUUCUUUACAUCAAGCCCACUACACGUCAGACAGCAUCGGGAGCAAAUACCUUGAAAGCUACAUGCUCUACAAUUCGAGGUUUGAAUUUAACGUGACCGAGGUAGACCACAACACACUGCUGACGUGUGUGGCGGAUGAGACAGACUCGAGAUACCAGUUGGAGAAACCUCUUCAGGCCGAGAGUAAACUUUCCCUGAGGUGGCCCCCGCGGACAGAGCCCAAGUUCAUGACUUCUUACGGGGAGGAGAUCACAGCGUCCUCCAUCUCGUCUUUCCACGACGCUUCUGACCCUGUCACCUGUCUCGUCGAAGGCGGGAAUCCUCCGGUGUCUCAUACAAGCGUUACGUGCGACAGACUGAAUAGGUCAAAGGUCAAAGAAGAGAAAGGCCAAGUUCAGAGGCGACAAUUUGCCGAGGACGCCAACUCUGUCAAGUUCAGACUAACGGGUGUUCCCGGGGAGUCGUACAAAUGCACUUGUGUUGCGUCCCACCAGACGGAAUGCUACCACAAACAUCGCAACCUGAUCGUAAACCUCGUCCAAAACGGCAAAAUACAAGGCAGCGCAAAAAAAUGGAACACUUCCUUCUUAUUCAUCGUUGUUUUUCUUGUAAUCUUCGUUGUUAUUUUUAGCUUUACUUUAAUUGCAACAAGGACCCAAAUAUGUAAAUCUAUGUACAGCCCAAAGACGUUUCGGUCACAGCGAUUAACAGCCUCACCGUUGCACGCAGAAGACCCGAUUUCGAUUCCCUUGUACGAGAAGAUUACUUAAUGUACUCUCUCGUUGAGAGAAUUUUUAUCGAGUAUCGCAGUCUUUAUUCUCUGACAUGGUAUCCUUCUCAGCCCGGGUUGUCUCGACAGGCAGGUUUGAGAAGGCCGCCUACUGAGAUAGUUAAGAUUAUAUUAUGGCGAUGGGGGCGUAAAACACGAAUCAAAAAGAAUUCAAAAACCAAAUCAACUGGCUACACAACAUACAGCCUAUUAAAUUUGCAAUUCAUUUAAUAAGCAUAUCAUCAGUACAUGUACCAGUAGCCUGCGAAGUGGUGAAAAAGUCUGUACCCAGCUCUUUAAUAUUUUACUGCUGAUAGCAAGUAUCAGUUGAUUCCUGAUUUUAUAGAGCAUUUUUUUUUAUUGUAAGAAGGUCCAGCCACUUUGGAGAGAAAUUGAAAAAAGAUUUACAGGUCCACCUAGGUACAUCAAUUGUAAUUAAUGAGAAAAUAGUUUUACUUGGGGCAGUGAAGGGAAUCGAUGUAGGUCACCGGAAAGAUCUAGCUGCUAGUCAACCUUAACUUCACAUGGCCCAGAACCUUACUGAUGGCUCUUUAUGUUUUAAAAAAGAAA